GGAGGGGCGGGGCCCAGGGGCGCGGCUGUCCGAGGAUUGCUCGGGCGCGGCGGGGGCGGGCCCGCGCAUGCACGUAAGGGCGGUGCCCGGGUCGCCGUGGGUAGUGCCAAGAUGUCGGCGGCGGCGGUUCCGGAGCUGAAGCAGAUCAGCCGGGUGGAGGCGAUGCGUCUGGGGCCGGGCUGGAGCCACUCGUGCCACGCUAUGCUGUACGCCGCAAACCCCGGGCAACUCUUCGGCCGCAUCCCCAUGCGCUUCUCGGUGCUGAUGCAGAUGCGCUUUGACGGGCUACUGGGCUUCCCCGGGGGCUUCGUGGACCGGCGCUUCUGGUCGCUGGAGGACGGACUGAAUCGGGUGCUGGGCCUGGGCCUGGGCUGCCUGCGCCUCACGGAGGCCGACUACUUGAGCUCUCACCUGACCGAGGGCCCGCACCGCGUCGUGGCGCACCUGUACGCGCGGCAGCUGACGCUGGAGCAGCUGCAUGCUGUGGAGAUCAGCGCGGUGCACUCGCGGGAUCACGGCCUGGAGGUGCUGGGGCUCGUGCGUGUCCCACUGUACACCCAGAAAGACCGAGUCGGUGGCUUUCCCAAUUUCCUGAGCAACGCUUUCAUCAGCACAGCCAAGUACCAGCUCCUCUUUGCCCUCAAGGUGCUCAACAUGAUGCCCGAGGAGAAGCUGGCUGAAGCGUUGGCUGCAGCCACGGAAAAGCAGAAGAAGGCCCUAGAGAAGCUGCUCCCAUCUUCCUCCUGAGUCUGCAAGCACCUUCAGGAAACAGUGUGGCAGCACUGGCCAAGCGUGCACAAUGACAACAGCAGAGCCACCACAGGACAGGAGGGUCACCCCUGGCGGUCUCCUAUGGCCCUAUGUCUGGAAAGACUCCUCAGCGAAGCUCAGUUUCCACAGCGCCAGCCUGAAAACUAUGAUCAACUGACAGUCUUGGUUGAGCCCAGUACAGAAGGUGAUUAUCACACUUCCCCCUGGUAGGAAAACAACUGCAUUUGUACAAAAGCCUAAUUAAGCUUUACUUUCUAUAAUCCCCAACUUUCCAGAGCUCUGGUUAGAAAUCAGCAAUGAAACCUUCAGCCUUAAAAGAUCAUUUCAGGGGGGUGGCAGGGGGAAAAUUGGAUGAAGGUGGCCAAAAGGCACAACAUCCUGGGGGGAGGGGCAAAAUAGGGGUAGGGGAUUAAGAGGUACAAACUAUUAUGUAAAAAUAAAUAAUCUACAAGGAUAUAUUGUACAAACAGGGAAUAUAACCAAUAUUUUAUAACUAUAAAUGGAUAUAACUUUCUGGGUUUUUUUGGCUAUAUCUCACAGCUUGCGGGAUCUUAGUUCUCUGACCAGGAUUGAAGCGGGGCCCCCGGCAGUGGAAGGAUGGAGUCCUAACUACUGGACUGCCAGGGAAGUCCCUAAAUGCAGUAUAACAUUAAAAAAUUGUGAAUCAAUAUGUUGUAUACCUGUAACAUAUAAUAUUGUACAUCAACUACAUCUCAAUGAAAAUUUUUAAAAAGGCACAAACUUCCAGUUUUAAGCAGAAACUAGGGAUGUAAUGUACAACAUGAUGACCACGGUUAACACUGCUAUGUGUUAUAUAGGAAAGUUGUUAAGAGAGUAAAUCCAAAGAGUUAUCAUCACAAGGAGACAUAUGUAUAUAGAUAUUUGUAUCUGUAUGAGAUCAUGGAUAUAAACUAAACUUACCGUGGUAAGCAUUUUAUGAUAUACAGAGGUCAAAUAAUUAUGCUGUACAUCUUAAACGGUGAUGUAUAUCAAUUAUAUCUCAAUUAAAGCUGAAAAAAAGAUAAUUUCUAGUUUCAGUUUGAUAGAAGGACCCAAAGGUUUCAACCAGAAAAACAAUACCAUCUUUACUGAAGGAUUUUUUCUUUUUUUUGGCAGCGCCACGGGGCUUGUGGGAUCUUCUUAGUUCCUCGACCAGGGAUCGAACCCGCACCCCCUGCAUUGGAAGCGUGGAGUCUUAACCACUAGACUGCCAGGGAAGUCCCUGAAGGAUUUUAACUAAUAUCUAUUUCUAAGCCUGGAAGACUUCAACUUCAGAUUAUACUAAAGGAAAAAAAGAGUAGUAACACUAUUCCUUAAUAAGGAAGAAAACAACUGACAACAAGAAGGCUCCAAAGGAAAAACAUACUAAAGUAUUUAGGAGGGGGACUUCCCUGGUGGCAAGGUGGUUAAGAAUCCGCCUGCCCAUGCAGGGGACAUGGGUUAGAUCCCUGGUCCUGGGAAGAUCCCACAUGCCGUGGAGCAGCUAAGCCCGUGUGCCACAACUACUGAGCCUGCGCUCUAGAGCAUGCGAGCCACAACUACUGAGCCCACGUGCCACAACUACUGAAGCCUGGGCGCCUAGAGCCCAUGCUCCACAACAAGAGAUGCCACCACAAUGAGAAGCCCCACUUGCCACAACUACAGAAAAUUCGUGCGCAGCAACAAAGACCCAAUGCGGCCAAAAAAUAAAGAAAAAGAAAAAAAAAGAAAAUGGUUUGUUUAAAAAAAAAAGUAUUUAGGAGGAAAAGGGCAUUAUGUCAGCAACUUACUUUCAAAUGGUUUCAAAAAAGAUAAUAGGUAUAUAGAGACUGAUGAAGAAAAUGAAGUGAAAUGUUAACAUUUGGGGAAUUCAGUGAAGGUACGCAAAUUCUCUGUACUAUUUUAUAACAUUUCUUUAAGUCUGAAAUUGUUUCAAAGUUUAAAAUUUAGAAAAUUUUCCAAAAUAAAUCCAAUACAAUUUGUUUUCCCUACAUACGAGUCGCCCACAUACAAUCUCAGACCCAGCUGGAGAGUAAAGGCACCAAGUGAGGGUGUAAUCUGCACAGUACAUAAAGAUCAAAAGUCUGAUUCUCUAACAUGUUUUCCUUUUAAAAAAUUAUAACAGUAACUGUCCCUUAUUGUCUUCAGUUCCACCUUAUUUAAAAUCAGGCUGUAAGCUCAGAGGCAGAAGUUAUGCUUUUCACAGCCAGGGCUCCCUGCCCCGCAUCAACGCCUGUCCCUUUGCUACGUCUUAAGGAGGCCUAGUUCGUGUGAGUGGAAUUACCUUCAAAGAAUAAUUAUGUUCAGAAAAGGAAGCGCAGAUGGCAAAUAGAUUUAUGAAAAGAUGCUCAACCUCACGAGAAAUCAGGGAAAGGCAAAAAUCAACAGGAGACCACUCAGCUGAUAGCAGGUACCAAGGGUUUUGAGGGGACAGGAGACACAAGCUAUGAAACGCUGUCAGAGGUGUGCAAACUGGGACACCUAUGGGGGAGAGCAAGGUACACUCUCUAGUGAAGAUGCACCCAGCCUACACACCCAAAAUUCUGCUUUGAAGAACACAUCUUGAUCUCCUAAAGAAAUCCCUUCACAUGUGCUCAAGAGGACAAGUAGAAAAUGCUAACUGCAGCACUGACAGGAAUAGCAAGGUGGACAUGACUUAGGGGUCCACUGACAAAGGAAUGGAAAAUAUACCGUAUUCAUACAUUCAAUAAAUACAGAGCUGAUAAAAUGAGUGAACCCCGUCUACAUGUACCACACUGUGUUAAAUGACACAGUCAUUAUAUAAAUAUAUAACAUAUAAGUAAAUAUAUUAUUUAUAUAAAUCUUUAAAAUAUAUAAAACAAGUCUACAUGCUGCUUAAGGACACAGAGCAUGUGAUGAGAGUAUAAAGUCAGGGACAGGAAAGGUACAGACCAACAUCUGGAUAGUGUUUACCUCUGGAUUCAUGUGGAUUAGUUGUAUUAAUAUUAUCUUCUGUACUAUUUUGAAUGUUUAAACUACUUCAUAAUUUAAGAGUCAUAAUGCUUACUGCUGUAGACACUGUUCAAGAUGGUACAACUUGCUCUUUGGAUAGCAAUUUGGCAACAUCCACGUGAUGGCUGUACUUAGGCUACAUCCAAAACUUCUACCUUUAGUACCGAACUGUACAGAUGUGGUCGCACAAGUGUGUGGAGAAGUAUGUGUGCAGAUAUCCCACACAGCACUGUGCAUGAUGGCAAAUACAACUUGAUUCUAUCUGCAGACCACUGUUAGAGAAACUGAUUCAUCCCUACAAGGGAGUGCUAUGCUGCCAUACAAGAGAGGAGAGCUUUAUAUCUACUGAUAUAGAAUAAUCCAGGAUAGACAAGUUUAAAAAAAUACAAACAGGAUUUCCCUGGUGGCGCUGUGGUUAAGAAUCCACCUGCCGAUGCAGGGGACGCAGGUUCGCUCCCUGGUCAGGGAACUAAGAUCCCACACGCCACGGGGCAACUAAGCUCACAUGCCGCAACUACUGAGCCUGUGAGCCACACACUGAGCCCGUGCACCGCAAUUAGAGAGCCCUCACACCACAACUACUGAGACCGUGCGCUCUGGAGCCCAUGCGCAACUAUAGAGAGAAGCCCACGUGCCGCAACUAAGACCCAACACAGCCAUAAAUAAAUAAAUAAAUAAGACAAUUCAUAAAAGAAAUACAAAUGGUCAAUAAAUAUGUUUUAAAAUGUUCAAUCUCACUAAUAAGUACAAACCAAAACGAGAUGCCACUUUUCUCCUACCAAACUGGCAAAACUUUACGAUGGUAACAUCUAGGGCUGGUGAGGAUGUGAGAAAAUGGGCAUCGUCAUGUAUUACUGGUGGGAAGAACAAGAGAGACAUCCUUUUUAAUGGGAAUUUGUUAGAACUUACUAAAUAUUUCCCCCGUUGAACUUUUUAAACAACUUUAUUAAGAUAUAAUUCUUGGGCUUCCCUGGUGGCGCAGUGGUUGAGAGUCCGCCUGCCGAUGCAGGGGACACGGGUUUGUGCCCCGGUCUGGGAAGAUCUCACAUGCCGCGGAGCGGCUAGGCCUAUGAGCCAUGGCCGCUGAGCCUGCGCGUCCGGAGCCUGUGCUCCGCAACGGGAGAGGCCACAACAGUGAGAGGCCCGCGUACCGCAAAAAAAAAAAAAAAUAAUAAUAAUAAUAAUAAUUCUUCUACCAUGCAAUUCAUCCACUUACAGUUUACACUUCAAUGGUGGACAACCACCACCACAAUUUCAGAAUGUUUUCAUCACACUGAAAAAAAAAUCCUGUACCUCCCGCCAGCCCUAGGCAACCACUAAUCUACUGGUCUCCACAGAUAUGCUUAUUCUGAACAUUUCAUACAAAAGGAAUCACACAAUGUUCAGCCUUUGUAUCUGGCUUCUCUCACCUAGCAUAUUUUCAAAGUCCAUCCAGGUUGUAGGUAGCACGGGCAAGUACUUCACGCCUUCUUAUGGCCAAUUAAUAUUCCAUUGUAUGCAUGUAACAAUUUUAUUUAUCCGCUUAUGGACAUUUGGGUUCUUUUCACCGUUUGUGACUAUUACAAACAAUACUUACAUGGACAUUUAUGUACAGGAUUUUGCCUGGACCUGUUUUCAGUUCUCUUGGGUAUAUACCUAGGAGUGGUAUAUAUCCAAGUGCUGGGUCAUUUGGUAACUCUAUGCUUAACUGUUUGAGGAACUACCAGAAUGUUUUCCAAAGAGGCUGCAUCAUUUUUCAUUUACAGCAGUGUAUGAGGGUUCCAAUUUCUCCACGUCAUUACCACCUCUUGUUAUUGUCUUUUUUUAUUAUAUUAUUAUUUUCCUGGUUGUUUUGAUUUGCCAUUUUCCCUGAUGACUAAUGGUGUCAAGCAUUUUUCCAUGUGCUUAUUGGCCAUUUGUGUAUCUUCUUUGGACAUAUAUCUUUUCAGAUCCUUUGCCCAUCUUUUUAUUGUCUUUUAAUUUAACUGCCCUGUUUUUUUUCUUAAAUUAAUUAAUUUAUUUAUUUUUGGCUGCUUUGGGUCUUCGUUGCUGCAUGUGGGCUUUCUCUAGUUGCAAACAGCAGGGGCUACUCUUCGUUGCGGUGCGCGUGCUUCUCACCACAGUGGCUUCUCGUUGCGGAGCACGGGCUCUAGACACGCGGGUUUCAGUAGUUGUGGCACGUGCACUCAGUAGUUGUGGCUCGCGGGCUCUAGAGCGUAGGCUCAGUAGUUGUAGUACAUAGGCUUAGUUGCUCCAUGGCAUGUGGGACCUUCCCAGACCAGGGCUCAAACCGGUGUCCCCUGCAUUGGCAGGCAGAUUCUUAUUAACCACUGCACCAUCAGGGAAGCCCUAACUGCCUUUUUAUUAGGACCUAUUAAGUUCAAAAUGUGAGCACCAGUAAUCCCUCUUGUAGAAGUACAGCAUACAGAAAUAACUGCAUGCGUGCUAAAGCUGUGGGUGCCAAGAUAUUCCCUGGAGCACUGCUUAUAAUUGCAAAAUGUUAGAAACCUAAAUUUCCACUAAUAAGGAACUGACUGAACUAACUAUGGCAUGGAUACUGCAUGGAAUACCAUACAAGGGUAAGAUGUCUAUGGCAUAUUACUUUUUAGAAGCUGCAGAUCAAAUACACAGUAGAAUCCCACUUUGUUCAAAACAAAAAGCCAUGUGUUCGCAGGUGUACCUACAGACAUACUUUCUCAGCAGAGGAAAAUCCUGGGUCUCUUUAACAACCAACUGGGCAUCUUGUGGGGGAACAGGGGGUGGGUGGAAAAGGAAGGAAGAUCUUUGCCUCCUUAUUCUAUACAAAUAUUUUAACUGAUGGGAUGAUGAGUGCUAUUUACUGUUUUAAAAUUUUUUCCAUACUUUUCAAAUAAUAGUAUUUUUAAAAUUAUUACAGGAAUAGGUGUCUAUAGUUGCUCACCACUGUACCCCUAAUGCCUAAGCACCACUCAGCACUUGGCAUCAACAGAUACUCAAUGAAAAUGUGUUGAAUAAAUGGAUGAAGAGCAGUUAUUUCUGUGUAGGAGAAAGUUCUGUUACAGUUUAUUCCUCAGUGAUAUGAUGCCUCACUUGCUGUGACUAAAUUAUAAGCUAAUAAACAGGGUCACUUACAUGAUU